UUCAGUCGCAACUGAAAUACGGUGACAGAUAACCGAGUGGAUAUUAGUUACUUUUUUGUUACUCUUAGUUUUAGGAUUGAUUACAACAUGACUUACUAUUUGGAAAAUAGUUCACUAUGUUUAAACGAGUGCCUCAAUUAUCCGCUGAGCACAAGAUGCAAUGAAAUGGCGCGAUUGAUUGACUGUGGCAGCAUUAAGGAUUUACAUGAUUUUUUCCCAGUAUUGGUCAAAUCAAUCUUCGGAUUUCCAGGAUGGGGACUGCGUACAAUAACAAGAGAAACAGCGCCAAUGGAGUUUGAAUAUGUGUAUAGUUUCUUUGGUCCGCUAGGGCCGAUGUUUCGCUUAUGUUACCGCUUACUGUCUGAGCCGUUUAAAUUCGAUGUGCCAAUUGAAACGUUGCCACCAAAAACAAUUCAAAUGCUGAACAACGGACGUUAUUCCGUAUUCUAUUCAGAUAUAUUGAACAUAGAUCCGUAUCGUCGUCAAGUUGCAUCGCUACAAUUGAACGCUUUCGAUUACUUUAUUUUACAUUUUGCAUUACAUGGAAUGGCACCGUUGCAUAAACAAUUUCCUGCCGCACUGACUGUACACAAUGAUCAUCUGAAAACCGUUUAUUAUUUUUUGACCGCUGAUUUUCUAUGUACAUUUUUGCCAACCGAUCCAAAUGCUGAGGUGCAACCAUCGAAUGUAUAUUGUUCGGUGAAAUCAGCAGCAUCGGUGACAAUGUCACCGAUUGUACCAAUGCGACGAACAAAAUACCUUUCACGUAAUGUUAUUUCACAUAAUUUCACAUCAAAUGCAACAAACAUACGAGCAACCGAACCGUCGAGAUCAUCAUAUUGGCGCACCGAAAGUGUUUUGCAUUUAUUUAUCGACACUUGGUUGCGUUAUGAUAUAGACGGUAUUGCAGAUUUACCGAGCAGUGAAUUUAUUCAAGUUGUACGUGUGUUGGUCAAACAGUUGCAUUCAUUUGCAAAUUCAGCUGAUAUCGAUGUAACACCGAUGGCAUCACUUCGUUCACUUGCACAACCAAUGAUGAAUGCACAAAUCAACACACUUAUUCUUGGCAUCAUACAACGUUGGCCAUUAGAUAGUUCAUUCCUUGUGGUUUUGGAAUUGUGGCUGAGUUACAUACAACCGUGGCGAUACACAUUGAAUCGACACAAUCGAAUUGAGGAUCCGCAAAUGCAAAUUGCGAUACCACAAAAAUUUGAAAAAUUUAUCAUGGAAAAUGCCGCAUCAUAUACACAAAUUUACAUUCAACUAUUGCCACGAUUUGAACGGCUUGAUUUUACAUCACCGAAAAAUGUCACCAUUUUAUAUCGGCUGGCAAGAGUUUUUAGUCAAUCAAAUUUGACACAAAUACUGAGAAUGCAUGACCGUCGAUUGCUCAGCGAACAUUUGUCAUUGUCACCGAGAAAAUCAAAUUUAUUCCAAAAUAUCUCAUCGCACAACAAUCAUUCGCCACCAAGUCCAUCGUCACCCACACGAACUUCACAAGAUGUAACCGACUGUUUUGAUACAUCCCCCAAUUCAACAGCAUCGACAUACUUUUCACAACGCACCGAUGUUAAUUAUUUACAUGAAGAUGACACAUACAUUUGUCUGUUUGGAUCAACAGAACGACAACGCAUUAUCAUUUCCAAAUUGGAACAAUUCAAAAAUAAACUGUUCGAAUCGUAUGAAUGUGCCAAUCAAAUGAUUAACCAAUUGGAAGCCUCAGUGCAGAAAAGAUACAAUGGCUUCUUUGGCUACAUAAAAUGGUAUUUGACAAACGAUGAAGAAGCCGAACACAAUCAAAGCUUAAAUGAUGCACGCAAAAUAUCUGAAGUACUUGAAUUCGUUAUUCGAUCAUUUUCAAUUAUAUUUGAGGAGGAGCUGCCAAACUUUUUGGCCGAGUUCACUGAAAUCCAACAACGUUCCAGGGAAAAUAUUGUACCGAAUUCAAUAUUUGAAGACACAAACAUGUCAGAUAGUUUAAACUUGAGUCAUCAGACAUCGCCAGCAAUGAUGAUGCCACGCAUUCGAAAAGUACAAUACACCGGAGAUCCACUAACAUUGCCUGCUCGCAAUAAUGAGAUCGAAUUCUUAGUUCGAUUAUUUUACAGACUGUCGUGCAGCCUAAAUGAAACGUACGCAGUUGAAAUUGAGCAGCUAUAUCGACGGCAAAAUUUCGUAGGUCAAAUAGCUCGUCGUAUUUUAGAAUCACCACGCAUUGUACAGACUUUUGAAAAAUCACAUGGAUCCAGUGAAUUGGUGGAACGGCAUCUCAGACCGCGUAUCAACUUACGUUGGUUGGCAUCAUACCGUACGAUUAUCAUUAUAAUGUUAUCAUUUUUAGUAGGGAAAUUGCUAUUUGGUGGUCCUUUAUUUGGUUUUUUCGUGUUAAUUUUGUUCAAAAUUAUAAUGACCUUCUUAUUAUCGACUUACGAAUUUCUGUUUAAGUCAUAGUUUACACAAUGAGCGAAUUUAAUAAAAAAACGGUUUCAAAGUA